AUGCUCGCUUUAUCAAGAGAUGGAAUUCGAAACGCUCGCCGGAUCUUGACAAAUCGACAAUCACUCCAUGGCGUGCUACCCUCGACUAGUCAAAGCGUAACCUCCCGUCGAUUCUAUCCCAUCAUCAAACGGACCGCAGCCGUGCCGAUUUUAUCAGACCAAGACGCCAAAUUGAUCAACAUUGGGCACUUUGUUGGCAUCAAAGGGACCGUUAAACGUCCAGAAAAAGUGAGUUCUCCGGAGGUGGAACUUUCGACGAUCGAACAACAUCUGCGACAAAAUUUCCGUGUUUCGGGCGAAGCCGUCUUCUGCAAUAUUUUGAAACCGUUAGAGGACGGGAAUGAGCAACUUCUUUUUACACUACGCAACAAUCACGAAAGAUGGCUGCCGACGUUGUUUUUAGCUUGCGGGAGGGCCAUGUCAAAUGUGCACAAGGAUAACCGACAAAUCAUUUUGAAUAGGAUUAUUGGCCAGCUACAGAUAAACGAGAUCUCGUGGUCGGUGUUAGCUUUCAAUGUAUAUCUUCGUGUUUUGAUGGAAAAUGACGUCGAAUUUGACGUUAAUAAGCAAUUACAUGAUGCCGAAGUCACAAAGGGUUUGUCGUUGGAUCAAGAAAGCUUCCGCUUGUUUCUUGAACAACUUGCGCUGCAAGGAAAAGUAGAUGCAUCAAGGAACUUGACUUAUGAAAUGGCGAAAAGAGGUCUCAUUUUGGAUGCUCAGUGUAAUUCUGCGAUCAUCUACGGUUUUGCUGUACAUGGCUACGAGAAGAAAGCCGAUUCUUUAUAUCAACAAACAAAAGACCGACAUGGUUCCGAGGGGCAAAUACUGGCGCUUGAAGCUCUUGCUAAAGCAGCUGCCGCAAGAAACGAUCUCGAUCAAUUGAGAAAGAUUCUGCGGAUUGCCGUUGACGACGAAAAGAAACUUACCCUUAGCAAUGGAAGCGUUUUUGACAUUUUAUGGCUACUAACAGAAAAAAGUCGCACAAAAGACGGUUUAGAAACGAUGCCUUUAAUCGAACAGAUUUUGAGCAGAGUGAGCCAUCAAUGGGGUUUUUUCAAGCUGUUGAUUCGAGAGAUUGAACGUCACUUGGCACAUGGGCAUUACUACAUAGCGCUCACACUCUUGGAGGAUUCUACGAAAGUCAAAGACUUCAUUCAUAAACAGCAAAAAUUGGUGCUUGUCGACCAGAUCCAAACAAGACUCUGCCGACAACUUAUCAAAAACCAUUCUCCCAUCCCCAAAGUGAAAGAAGUGGCGAAUCGUGCGAUGGUUGUCUUGAAAUCUUACCCGAGCAUUUCAAAGUUUAUCUACGAUGAGCUUCUGAAGAAUGUUUUAACGUUCAAGGAAUUCUCAUUGGAAACAAGGUUCGAAUACUUUUCCAGUUUGAUCGACUUUGUGGAUUUGGAAAGGACACGUCCGCAUCUGAUUUUACCUCUUCUUGCUAGUUGUGAUGAUCUGUCAGCUCGACUAACACUCCUGUUUCGGUGUGAGCGACUCGGAUAUAAGGAUUUCUCGAAACUUGACACAAAAUGUUUAGUCAAGUUACUACUUCAACCACUUUAUGAUAAGCAAAAUCGAAAAACCACGGAUCGGGGUAUUGUGUACACGAAAAUUGGAUGGAUGAGCCGAAUUAUGAAGAGCCAUGGGUUUUCCGAUUCAGCUCUAUGGUAUUCUUUUCAUGAGUGGUGGAAGUUUAAGAAGAGUAUCGAAAGUAAGAGCAAUCGAGACUACAUUGAAGACGAAAAAGGACCGCGUGUUGAAGAACUUUCUCGG